GAAUAUUUUGCUGUACGUUUCUACGCUUAGAUUAGAUCACAACGCACUUGUACCAUAGCGCUACCCAACCAAUUUCACCGUAAGGGACAAACGAUACCACCAUGUCUGACUGGGAAUCUGACAACGCGCCUGCUCCAGCUGCGCCAUCGAUCGCGACCAAGAAACCCGUAAAGAGCAAAUGGGAAGGCGAAGACGAAGAAGAAUCAUCUCCAGCGAGCGACUGGGACGCAUCCUCAGACGAAGACUCUUCAGACGACGUUAAACCAGCCUCUGCACCUGUAGCACCCAUCAAAAAGAAAGGAACGGUGAAACAGAAGAUUGCAGAGAAAGAAGCUGCGAAAGCUGCGCGCGGGGGUGAUGAUGUGGAGUAUGAUGAAGACUCGGUUCUUGAUCCGCGCGAGAAGGCGAGGUUGGAUAGAGAGCGGGAGAUUCAAGCUGAUUUGGACAAUGCCGCGUCGCUUUUUGGGGCUGCUGGUCUUGGAGGAUCAUCGUCAUCCGAAUUAGACGCGCUGAUCUCCGCUAAUCCUCGUACGAAAGAGGAUUUCGAGGAUUUCUCGACAAGAAUUAUCGAGUUUAUUGUUAAGCGACAUCAAAACAAGCCUCUAUACGCGUCGUUCGUAGAACAUCACGUCCGAGAGCUCUGUCAGCCUUUGAAGGAUGUGGAGAUCAGGAAAGCUGCCAGUGGGCUUACGACGCUUGCGAACGAGAAACAGAAGGAGCAGCGAGACAAGGCAAGCGGGAAGAAGAAAGUCAAAGCUGCUACGAAGCCUGUUCUCGGAUCAGCCAAAGUCUCGAAUAAGUGAGUCUAUAGUCUUGAUCAGUCGCUGAACGAUUGCUGAUCGUGUCUUAGAUUUGAUACCGGGGUGUAUGAGGAAGCGCUGGAUGAUUUCGGUACCAACCAAGAUGAUUUCAUGUAGAAUAGUACCUGCGCAUCUACUACAUCACGUAUGAGUAGUUUUUUUU